CCCUGCUGCUGCUGGCUGUGUAUCAGUUGCCCCAGAGGCAGGCCGAUGUGAUGCGGCUACAGUGCGUGCGGGGGGAACACCGUCCAGAGGCGAGCAGGCUGCCUCGCUCACGUCCGCUCAUCUGAUCAUCUCGUCGUCGCCAUCCACCCUCCCUCGUGUCGUCUCGAGUCUGUUCGUGCCCGGCCCCCCGGCCGUUUCCGGGUUUCGGAUACGCAUUUGGCUGUUGCCUCUCCGAUCCUUGCUAUAGUAGUAGCUACUUCCUUCUCCAGCCGCUCGAGCACGCGAGCCCUGAUCCACGCUAGCUUGAGAUGAUAGAGCUAGAGCUAGAGCGAGCUAUCUAAUCCACCUACCUCCGAGGCCUAGCGCUUUGCAGCUACCUAGUGGCCGUCUUGUUCCGUCCGGCAGCGCAGGUCGGCCGGGUCGUUGGCUCGUUGCUAGCUAAGCGAAAGCAAGAGAGAGAGGUACGGCGCGGACGGUGGGUGGGAGUUCAGGCGAUUCCGCCGCCGUUGCCCAUGGGGAGGCAGUCGACGAGGUGGUGGAGUGGCGGCUCCGGAUCCGCGCGGACGCUGGGCGUCGGCGUCGCGGUGGUGGUUGCCCUCGUCGUCUCCCUCUGCUUCGCCUUCAUCGGCGGCCGUCGUCUCGCGGGGACACUGGUGGGUGGCGGCACCCCCGCUUCAGAUUCCGGCGGGAGGACCAUGGCAGCGGCAGCAGCCCAUCCCGGCGGUCAGGUGGCGACGACCGAUGAGGAGAUGGUUUACACCGGACGGCGGCGCCUGCUGUCGGGCGGCCCGGGCUCGCAUCCGCCGCGGUGCGCGUCCAAAUGCGGCAGCUGCAACCCAUGCUACCCGGUGCACGUGUCCGUGCCGCCGGGGGUCCUGGUCACCACGGAGUACUACCCGGAGGCGUGGCGGUGCAAGUGCCGGAACCAGCUCUACAUGCCGUGACCGUCGUCACAUGCAGUGAGUGGACGACGCUCGUCCAACUGGAGACGAAGACGACCAAGGGCGGCCCUGCCCGCUGCCCAAGCCCAAUGGCUGCGAGUCGCGACGCCGGGAGCGUACGACCUGACCAGCGCCGCGGGCCCGCCCGUGCGCGCGCGUGGCACUGGCACUGGCACUGGCACCAGCACCGGCACCGCGGCGUGUGCCACUGUGCCUUGGACCGGCGCGUGGCCGACCGGGCAGAGACGGCCUGCGAACCGGCGCUGCCGUGUGCCGUGCCCGCGUGUGUGCAGCGCAGGCGCAGCGCUUGCGUUCCCGCGCCGCGCAUCUAUCGCUGAGCUGAGCGCCCGGCAGUCCGCCGCGGGCCUACCACGAGGGCUCGCACGGGCACGACGGCAGGCAGGGCGCCGUGGUGAUUAAGAAAAAGGCUGCGCCUGCUCUGCCUCGCCGUACUGUUCGCCUUGUUCGUAUACGAUUGGACGUAUGCCUUUGAUUUCUUGGCCACUCAAUGCCAUUUUUUUUCCUCUUUUACUUUUCUCUUCGCGCCUUCUCGAAUUGACCCGUUUUUUUUUUUUGCGUGUUGCCAUUUUCACAGCCGCUACAUGUGUAUAUGAUGUUGCGUAUUCGUACAUUUUGCAUUAGCCAACAACAUGUUUGCUGCCUCAGUCACUGAAAAGAUGCGCGUCCAAGUUUGGAUUGAUUCAGUGUAUAUAGAAUAUUAUUAAU